AUGAUUUCUUCAAUUGAUUGCAGAAUGUCUGCUGCCGAAGUGGAGUUCAUUGCAGAGAAAGAACUUGUAGAAAUCGAACCGAAUUUCACAUACCCCAAGAUUUAUCUAAUUCAGGGUGAGUUUGGUCCAUUUGAAGCUGGAAUGCCUACACUUGUUCCACUGUGGUUGGCUGUUAAUUUCAAACAAAGAAGGCGUGCCCGUAUUCUGCCUCCUAGUUGGAUGAAUGUUGAGGAUUUGCAGAUGAAAAAACAAGAAGAAAUUGACAGCAAACUCUUUACUAAGAUGCCAUGUCCUCAUUACAUUGAAAUUGCUCAACUUUUGCUUAAACAGUGGUUAAAAUUAGAACCUUUUUGUUUGUUUUUUCUUUUUUCCUUUUUCCUUCUUUCUUUUUUUUUUUUUUUUUUUUCCUUUUUGUCCUUUUUUUAUUUUUUUUGUCUUUUUUUUUUUUUUUCUUUCUCUUUUUGUCCUUUUUUUUAUUUUCUUUGUCUUUUGGUACUUUUUUUUAAUUUUCUUUGUCUUUUGGUACUUUUUUUUAAUUUUCUUUGUCUUUUGGUACUUUUUUUUUAUUUUCUUUGUCUUUUUGUCCUUUUUUUUAUUUUCUUUGUCUUUUUGUCCUUUUUUUUUAUUUUCUUUGUCUUUUUGUCCUUUUUUUUUAUUUUCUUUGUCUUUUUGUCCUUUUUUUUAUUUUCUUUGUCUUUUUGUCCUUUUUUUUAUUUUCUUUGUCUUUUUGUCCUUUUUUUUUAUUUUCUUUGUCUUUUUGUCCUUUUUUUUUAUUUUCUUUGUCUUUUUGUCCUUUUUUUUUAUUUUCUUUGUCUUUUUGUCCUUUUUUUUUAUUUUCUUUGUCUUUUUGUCCUUUUUUUUAUUUUCUUUUUUUUUCCUUUUUUUUUUUUCUUUGUCUUUUUGUCCUUUUUUUUUUAUUUUCUUUGUUUUUUUGUCUUUUUUUUUAUUUUCUUUGUCUUUUUUUGUCCUUUUUUUAUUUUCUUUUGUCUUUUUGUCCUUUUUUUUUUUUUUUUUUUCUUUUUUCCUUUUUUUUUAUUUUCUUUGUCUUUUUGUCCUUUUUUUUUAUUUUCUUUGUCUUUUUGUCCUUUUUUUUAUUUUCUUUUCUUUUUGUCCUUUUUUUUUUUUUUUUUCUUUGUCUUUUUGUCCUUUUUUUUUAUUUUCUUUGUCUUUUUGUCCUUUUUUUUUAUUUUCUUUGUCUUUUUGUCCUUUUUUUUUAUUUUCUUUGUCUUUUUGUCCUUUUUUUUUAUUUUCUUUGUCUUUUUGUCCUUUUUUUUUUUUUUCUUUUUUGUCCUUUUUUUUAUUUUCUUUGUCUUUUUUUGUCCUUUUUUUUUUUAUUUUCUUUUGUCUUUUUGUCCUUUUUUUUUUAUUUUCUUUGUCUUUUGUCCUUUUUUUUUUUAUUUGUCUUUUUUGUCCUUUUUUUUUUUCUUUGUCUUUUUGUUUUUUUUAUUUUCUUUGUCUUUUUGUCCUUUUUUUAUUUUCUUUUUUUUUGUCCUUUUUUUUUUCUUUGUCUUUUUGUCCUUUUUUUUUAUUUUUUUGUCUUUUUGUUUUUUUUUUAUUUUCUUUGUCUUUUUUGUCCUUUUUUAUUUUCUUUGUCUUUUUUGUUUUUUUAUUUUCUUUGUCUUUUUGUCCUUUUUUUAUUUUUUUUUGUCUUUUUUGUCCUUUUUUUUUUUUUUCUUUGUCUUUUUGUCCUUUUUUUUUUUUUUUUUUUUUUUUUUAUUUUUUUGUCUUUUUGUUUUUUUUUUUAUUUGUCUUUUGUCCUUUUUUUUUUUUUCUUUGUCUUUUUUGUCCUUUUUUUUUUUAUUUUCUUUCCUUUCAAGAUUUAACAAUUAUGAUUUAAAUAUCCUUGUAUUUAUUUUUAGUGCCCAAGAAGAUAUUCCAAAAGCUGAUGAAGUUAAAACUUUAAUCAAAGAUAUCUGGGACCUUCGAGUGGCCAAACUACGGAGCAGUAUUGACACUUUAAUAAAAAGUGAAGCUACACAUGCUAAGCUGAACCACCUGACUUUAAUGGAGAUCAAUUCUGUGCGCCCAGUACUAACAAAUGCUAUGGACCAAAUGCAUAUACUUCGGGCUAACCUACACAAUCAGGAAACUGCUUAUUCCCAAGAUGCUUAA